CUCAUCAACACAAAAUCAUCAACAAAUAUUACAAUGCAAAAUGUUUAACCUGGACAUCAAACUCAACCCCCUGACUAAUAGACUCCAUCUUGGAGAGUAUUACAACCUCAGCUUUGUCUACCUCAUCGAGAGCUCCGAGCCAUGCGCCGAUUUUGUUUCCCACAUACACCACGGCCUGACACGCCUUUCGAAACAAUUCCCCUGGGUCACUGGCCAAGUCAAAUACGACGGAUACACAAAUCAGGAUGGCAAUCAAUACAGUAUCAUCCCUUUCCAAGCGGUACCGCGGCUCCAAGUCGAGAACUGCCAAAACACCUCCCAACUGGACUUUACAGAUAUGCUAGGCGAGCACUUUCCCAUGGUCUGGAUCAAUGGGAAUCAUAUUCCCAUAUACAACCCGUCGUCGGACUCGGGACCCUUUCCUGUGAUGGAGUUAAAGUUCACCAUCGAAAAAGGCGCUGCUAUCCUCACCAUCAGUGGGCAUAACAAAGCCGUCGACAUGACAGGCCUAGAUAUGAUUAUUCGAAUGCUGGCUAAAGCCUGUUGCGGGGAGCAAUUUACAUCCUUGGAUAUAUCGGCAAUGGAAACCCACGCGGCGUAUUUUGAUCAUGACAAGAAGAUGUCAAGGCACGUAAGGGUUCCAGUCAAAUUUGUGACGGAGCUUCUGUUACCUCAAAAUCCACCGUUUCAGGCAAGCAAUAUUAAAUGGGCUCUAUUCUCUUUCGAACCAGACGCUCUCCGGGACAUAAAGGACCUGGCCAUGAGUUAUGACAGCCCCUCACAAUACCUGGUGGAUACAGAUGAUGCUCUGACCGCCUUUCCCAACUGGAUCGUCCAGUGUAUCAGGGUUCCAUGGCAUCGGCCUGCAUCAGAAGGUCUUGUGUAUUUCAUGCCCCGAGAUUUGGAGCGUGGAAUCACGGUAGCUAUAUCGUUGCGGGAGACGGACCUGAAGAAGCUAUUACGAUCAUCAGAUAUCUUUCCUUUCAAGUUCAGUGUUAGGAGUUUCCGAGUUAGAAGUCCCCUAGGUAGCGGUGAUAGGCGGCCCCUCAACAGGCCAACAGUCGGCCGACCAACACCACCAAUCUACAGAAUGAUCAACACAACGUCGUAG